GUGAGCUUCAGUCAGUGCCGAUUAGGUGAUUACCAGUCUACACCGGCACCUGGCACGGAUAAACUCGCGGCUUGACAAGCAGAUAUGUCGAAACUGGAACAGGUCCUAAUUCUUGAUCCGCCAAAUGAUCUCAAAUUCAAAGGGCCCUUCACAGAUGUCGUGACCACAAAUCUUAAACUUAAAAACCCCUCGGACAAAAAAGUAUGCUUCAAAGUGAAGACGACAGCACCACGCCGAUACUGCGUACGACCAAACAGUGGCGUCAUAGAACCAGGUGCCACGGUGACCGUCUCUGUAAUGCUCCAGCCCUUCGAUUAUGACCCUAACGAGAAGAGCAAACACAAGUUCAUGGUCCAGACCAUUUUUGCGCCAUCCGGCAUAACAGAUUUGGAGGCGAUGUGGAAAGAGGCCAAACCUGAGGACCUUAUGGACUCCAAGCUGCGAUGUGUCUUCGAGCUGCCCUCUGAAAAUGAUAAGAUGAACGACACAGUCGAUGCUACCAAAGCCACGACUACCUUUAACACAUCCAAAGUGGAUGGCACGUCUGCGGCCAAGCCCAACAGCGUGGACGACACAGAGAUAAAGAAACUGAUGGAGGAGUGCAAAAGGCUGCAGGCAGAAGUGGGCAAACUGGGAGAGGAGAACAGGCAACUUAAGGAUGAAGGUUUGAGGAUGAGGAAGGCCCAUCGCUCAGACAACAUGGUGUCCAGCUCGGGAGCCAUGGUGGGGAAGGACCAGGGCACUAAGUCCCUGCCCUCCCUUCUGGUGGUCAUCGCCGCCAUCUUCAUUGGCUUCUUCCUGGGCAAGUUUGUCUUGUAGGUGGAGAAUGCCGGCGCCUCCUCCCCACUCCUCCCAGUGUCUCGGGGCCUGAAGUGAGACGCACGUGCUGGUCGACACUGUCACACCAGUGCUAGAACGUGGCCUAUUGCAACGAUAAGCGUUUGUGUACAGAAUCAUAACAAACGGGCCUUGCCUUUCUCCGGUUUUCUUUUCCUUUCCUUUUUUAUUCUUUAUCUUUUUUUUUGUUUGUUUUUGGGAGGGGGAGGAAUCUCACACGGUUAGCGCACACACACACACACACGCAAACACAUCCAAAUGUGCAAAAAUGAAAAUGAAGUCUCUUUGUCUCUCC